AUUGGUCGGGGGUCUCGUGGAAUUUUGUCUUGGGGGGGUGAAAUUCUUUCUGCCCCCUCCCCCAGAUGAGCGUCUCACGGCGGAUGAGAUGGACGAGAGGCGGCGGCAGAACGUGGCCUACCAGUAUCUCUGCCACCUGGAGGAAGCCAAGCGCUGGAUAGAGGCUUGCCUGAAAGAGCCGCUGCCCCCCCCGACCGAGCUGGAGGAGAGUUUGCGCAACGGCGUCACCCUGGCCAAACUGGCGCAUUUCUUUGCUCCGGACGCCUUUCCCCUGGGGAAGAUCUAUGACCGCGACCAGGCCCGCUUCCAGGCCUGCGGCCUCCACUUCCGGCACACGGACAACAUCAACCGCUGGCGGGACGCCAUGAGCCGCGUCGGGCUGCCUGUGAUUUUUCACCCCGAGACCACCGACAUCUACGACAAGAAGAACAUGCCCCGGGUGGUGUAUUGCAUCCACGCCUUAAGCUUAUACCUGUUCAGGCGAGGGCUGGCCCCCCAGAUUCAGGACCUGUAUGGAAAAGUUGACUUUACAGAUGAGGAAAUAAACCACAUGAAAGGGGAACUGGAGAAGUACGGCUUGCAGCUGCCCACCUUCAGCAAAAUCGGCGGGAUCCUGGCUAAGGAGCUCUCGGUCGACGAAGCAGCCGUGCACGCGGCCAUCCUGGCCAUCAACAGGGCGGUAGAAGUGGGGAUCGUGGCGGAGACCGUGGCGGCUUUGGGCAACCCCAGCGCCAUGCUGGUGGGCGUGCAGGAGCGUUUGGGUGGCCCCUACCAGGAAGAGCUCUGCCGGGCCAAAGGAGAGAAGGCCGAGAACGCAAAGAAUCGGCACCCGCAGAAGAUACCAGAUGGGGAAGACAUCUACGAUCGCUGUUUGACCCAAGCUGAAAUUCAAGGCAGCAUCAAUUGGGUGAACACCAGGAGUGCCCUUGAGAUGGUGGAUGACGCCCUGGAGGCCCAGGACCCCCGGACCUUGUACCGCCUUCUGCAAGAUCCCAUCCUGGCCCUGAAGAGCCUGCGGCGGGAGAACGCCGGCUGGUACCUGGAUCAACUGUCCGCUGACCGGGAAGAGAAGGCGCUGGAAUUGGGGUACGUUGACUUCCUUGACCAAGAAGAAAUUCAAGCUGGACUCUACAUGGCCAACCAGAGAAGUGAUGAGGAGCGUGCCGCCGCCCAGGCUGUGAGCCACAUCAAUGCCUCCCUGCGAAGAGGAAUCGCGGAGGAGACGGUGCGCGCCCUGGCGAACCCCGAGGCUCAGCUGCCGGAGGUCUUCCCCUUCGCCGCUCAGCUCUACCAGCGAGACCUGUCUGCCCUGCAGCGGCAGCACCCCCAGGGGAAGCUGGCCCAGGAGGAGCUCUUUGUGGCCGUGGAGAUGCUGUCCUCAGUGGCGCUGGUCAACCAGGCCCUUGAGGAUGGAGACAGCCGCAGCUUCUGGAGGAGCCUGCUCAGCUCCGCCCUGGGACUCUCCAGCGUCGAAGAGAGCCAUGCACAGCGCUAUUUUGAGGGCCUGUCAACACAGAAGCGCCUCUUUCGGGAAACUCGGCGCGACUUCCUGAGUUGGAACGACAUCCAGGCCGCGGUGAAGGACGUGAACGCCGCCGUCCAAGAGGAGCAGGACAAAAUCCUUGCUGUCCGGUUGGUCAAUGAGGCUCUGCAGGGCGACUGUCCGGAGAAGACCCUCAGGGCUCUGCUCCUGCCUUCUGCCGGCCUUUCCGACGUGAUGCUCCCUGUAGCCAAGCGCUACCAUUUCGUUCUGGCCCAGAGGCUGAGGCAGAAAGCCCAGGCGGCCGGAGACCCCGGAGCGCUUUUGUGGUGGGAGGACAUCCAGGAGGGGGUCUGCAAGGCCAACCGGGAGAGCAAAGCGGCACAGCAGAUGGCCCUGGGCCUUGCUGCCAUCAACCAGGCCAUCAAGGAGGGGAACGCAGCGCAGACUGUGCGCGUCCUGCGCAGCCCGGACGUGGGCCUCUGUGGCGUGGUGGCGGAGUGUGCCACGGCUUAUCAGGCGCAGUUCAGUGCCCUCCUGGCAGCACGAAGGCCGGCAGGGGGCCACUCGGAGGCGCUCUGGGUGCGGCACAGACUGAGGGACGGCUCUGAGUACUACUUCCACCUGCGGUCCUUUGAGGGCUCCUGGGAGCAGCCCCAGCCCCUCGCCCUCAACACGGCCCACCUCAGCCGAGAGGAGAUCCAGGGGGCCAUCACCCGCGUGUCUGCCACCCACGACCGGCAGCGCCUCUGGCAAUCCCACGCCUGGCUGGUCGUCCGCUUGCAGGCCCGGAUGAGGGGCUUCCUCUUCCGCCAGCGCUGGGCCGCUCGGCAGCGGCUCCUGUCCCGGCAGGUGCCGGCAGCCACCCAAAUCCAGGCCGCCUGGCGUGGGCACCUGCAACGCAGACGCUACAUGGACAGGAUGGGCUACUUGCGGAGGAACGCAGCUGCUGCGAUCAAAAUUCAGUCCUGGGUUCGGAUGUGGCUUGCCCGAAAACGGUACCUGGAACGCCUGCGCUACUUCAGGAAGAACGUGGCUGCCGUGGUCAAGAUCCAGGCCUUCGUCCGGGCCAACAAGGCAAGAGAGGAUUAUCGGAUGCUGGUGCACUGCAGGGAGCCCCCACUCCGCGUCAUCCGGCGUUUCGCCCACCUGCUGGAGCAGAGCCAGCGGGACACCCAGGAGGAGGAGGAGCUGCGGGGGCUCCAGGAGAAGUUGGCCAGGGGGAUCCGCUCCAACCAGCAGCUGGAGAGCGACCUCAACCUCAUGGACAUCAAGAUUGGGUUGCUGGUCAAGAACAGGAUCACCCUGCAGGAGGUGGUGUCCCAUUGCAAGACGCUGACCAAGAAGAACAAGGAGGAGCUCUCCAGCAGGAUGGACGUCAGCCAGGAGAACGGGCUGAAGGCGCUCAGCAAGGAGAAGCGGAAGGCGCUGGAGGCCUACCAGCACCUCUUCUACCACCUGCAGACUCAGCCGGUGUGUCUGGCCAGGCUGCUCGUGCAGAUGCCACCCAACAAGUCCACUAAGUUCAUGGAGUCGGUGGUCUUCAGCCUCUACAAUUACGCCUCCAGCCCCAGAGAGGCUUACCUUCUGCUCCAGCUAUUCCAGCGGGCCCUGCAAGAGGAGAUUGCGUCCAGAGUGACCCAGCCGCGGGACAUCCUCACGGGGAACCCCACAGUGAUCCGCAUGGUGGUGAGCUUUUACCGCAACGCCCGUGGGCAGAACGCCCUGCGCCAGAUCCUGGCAGAGCCGGUGCAGGAGGUCCUGCACGACAGGAGCCUGAGCAUCCGCACCAGCCCCGUGGAGAUCUACAGGGGGUGGAUCAACGAGAUGGAGUGCCAGAGCGGACAGAAAAGCCACCUGCCGUACAACGUCACCCCACAACAAGCCCUCGGCCACCCAGAGGUCCAGAGGCGGCUGGACAUCUCCCUCGGCCAUCUCCUUGUGCUGGCAGACAAGUUUCUCUCGGCCAUCCUCUCGUCGGUGGACAAGAUCCCGUAUGGGAUGCGCUACGUGGCCAAAGUCUUGAAGGCAACUUUGACGGAGAAGUUUCCAGGUGCCUCCAAGGAAGAGAUCUACAAGGUGGUGGGCAACCUGCUCUACUAUCGCUUCAUGAACCCGGCGGUGGUGGCACCAGACGGCUUUGAUGUGGUGGACGUCUCUGCUGGGGCACCCCUGCACCCUGACCAGAGGCGCAAUUUGGCCUCUGUGGCCAAGAUCCUGCAGCACGCGGCUGCCAACCAGCUUUUCGAGGGAGAAAACGGCCACUUGAACGUGGUCAAUCGGUACCUGGAGGAAACGCACCAUAAAUUCAGAGCAUUCAUCGACGCAGCCUGUUUGGUCCCUGAACCGGAAGAAAGAUUUAAUGUGGACAAAUAUUCAGAGCUGGUGGCCAUCACCAAACCAGUGGUCUAUAUAACCGUUGGGGAGCUGGUCGAAACCCACAAGUUGCUGCUAGAACACCAACACUCCUUGGCUCCCGAUCCCGAGGAUGUUCUGCACAAACUUUUGCAAGACCUUGGAGAGGUGCCAACCGUUGCCUCGUUGAUAGGCCACGGCCCGGGGCAGGGGGCGAACGGGCCCUGGGAGGACGCGCUGCCUCAGCUCUCCAGAACGGAGCUCUCGCUCACGCUCAGCGGCAGCACCAAACGGAUGCUGGUGGACGUGAUCCAGUCCCAGGCUGGCGACUCCCUGGCUGAGAUCCUGCACUCCGAGGCAUCAGAAGAGGAGGAGCAGCUCCACCAACAGCUCCUGCGGAGGAGAAGGGCCGCUGGCCACCCGCAGGGCCAAGAGCGGGCCCAUCGUUCCCUGGCGGAGAAGAAGCAGGAAGUCCUCCAGAACCUGGAGCGCCUGGCUUUGCUGGGCUCGGCCGGCCAGCCCCAGGCCCUGCUCCGCGAGAUUGCCCAGGACAUCCGCUGUCAGAGGCAUCGCCGGCAGUGCCGCAGGGGGCAACUGGCCAAGCUGCAGCAGACCCUGCGAGGCCUGGCCUCCAAGCGCCGCUUCUACCGGGAGCAGGUGGGCUACUACCAGAAGUAUCUCCGCACCUGCCUGGACAACCUGGCCGCCGCAGACAGGCCCAGCAAGAAACAGGCUGUGCUGCACUACACCGCGGCCCGCCUGUUUGAGAAGGGGGUCCUGCUGGAGAUUGAGGCCCUCCCGCCAAACCAACUUAGAAAUGUCAUCUUUGAUAUUAUCCCUUCCCGGGAAGCUGGCAAGUUCCAGGUCAAGGCGAAGUUUAUGGGGGUCAAUAUGGAGAACUUCCAGCUUAGUUACCAGGACCUCCUCCAGCUCCAGUAUGAAGGCGUGGCUGUCAUGAAAAUGUUCGACCGAGCCAAAAUCAACAUCAACCUUCUAAUCUUCCUUCUGAACAAGAAGUUUUUCAAGAAAUAAUGUGCUUUGGGCGACAGCUGUGGAUUAUUGGGGUCCUCGCUGGGAAGAGGCCAAAGAGAUAUAGAGGUGCUCGCUUUACUCCGGUCCUGCUUCAAAGAAACCCAGAGGGACCCCACGGGACCCCCACCCGGGCAGAUCCUUGCAUGGCAGAAGGCCCCCUUGCCCUAUAAACCGCUUGCAUGCAGAACACUACUAGGCCAAUAGACCAAAAGACGGGCUGCUUUUCCGAGCGCAAAGCGUUUCACCCGCCGUCCAGCCCUCUUCAAACACUCCCACCGGUCACUCAGCCCAGGGCGCCCUAAAACCUCUGGGUUCAGAGUGAUGUGACCAGUCCGGCGACCCCAUCUCUAGAUUCAAACAUCUGCCUCUCAGUUGCCAGACUCUGAGGGGGCCGAUGACCACCCACCUACCCCCGCUGCCCCUCUCGCCUUUUGGACCCCACAGGCUCCUGGCGCUGAUCUCCGGGAGGGGCCGUUGGUCCUCCCACCUGCUGGAGCUGCCCUGUAC